AUGCCAUUGCGGCUGAGCCACGAUGCCUAUCGAGUAGGAUGGAUCUGUCCGUUAGAAGUGGAACAGAUUGCGGCACUGGAGAUGCUAGACGAAGAACACGAACGGCUACCACAACCACGGGGCGACACCAAUGUAUACAAUCUGGGCAGUAUUAAUUGUCAAAACAUUGUGAUCGCAGGCCUACCUCAAGCAGGCAACCGAUUUGCAGCCACUGUCAUCACCCAAAUGAGGAUGACAUUCCCGAAUCUUAAGUACGCCUUGUUAGUGGGCAUUGGCGGUGGUGUACCGGUACAGACCGAGCAUGGUAUGAUCCGCCUGGGACAUGUGGUGGUCAGUGAACCGACGGGGACACACUCUGGAGCAAUGCAGUAUGACUAUGGAAAAGCAAUGGUCGGUCAAUUCGAACGCAAAGGAUUCCUCGCACCCCCGCCAACGACUCUUCUCAACGCCGCCCGAGAGGUGGCUGUACGGCGUCAACGGAUGGAUCAUGAUCCGAUUUGGAAGAAUACGAAAAGAAUCAACACUGACCGUCGAGCUCUUCAUCGCUUCAAGUUCCCUGGGGCGGCGAAUGAUCAUCUCUACCAAACAGAUUAUCAACACCGCUUGAAAGGUGUCUCAUGCGAAGAGAGUGGAUGUGAGCCAGAGCAACGUGUCAAGCGAGCGAUGGACAAGGAAGAUGAAGAUUUUGUCGUGAUACAUAGGGGCACCAUAGCGUCUGGAGAGCUCGUCAUUAAGGAUGCUCAGAGAAGAGACGAUCUAGCGCGGGAGCAUCAAGUGCUUUGUUUCGAGAUGGAAGCAGCUGGGGCUCUGAUUGAUUUCCCUUGCAUGGUCAUCCGCGGCAUUUCUGACUGUUGUGACUCGCACAAGAAUGACAGAUGGCAUGGAUACGCAGCGGCGGUAGUGGCUGCUUAUGCCAGACAAUUGUUUUUCCAUAUGCCCAUUGAAGAAGCUCAGAGGUAA